AUGUUCCUCGUUUUCCCAAGAUCUUCAGACAUCAAAUUUGACAGUAACAUGAAACCAGAAAUGUCCGUCGAUGAGGCUACUGCAAACAGAAUGAGAGUUGCAUCAAGAACCAUUCUUUCAUCUGAAUCAGCAGAAAAAGAUGCCUCCAUGAUCGAUGUUUCUAUAGACUCGACUCAGAGUAUUGUUGUGGAUGAUGAGUUCAAGAAGAAUGUUGCUGACAUCUACAGCUCAUUUGCUGAGCUCAGACAAGCUGCUGAGAAUGAAUCAGCCAAGCAACCAGAAAAUGGUGAGGCAAACAAUGAAAGCACUACACCAGUAUCUGCUCAAGAACAAGCUGGAAUGGAUCUUGCUUCUCAAAUCAAUGUUGUUUUUGAUUCUGACAAGAUUUCUUUGACCUUCCCAAAGUCUGUCUUGGUCAAGAACGAGGAAGCUGAUGAUGCCAUGGUGGAUGAAACUCAAUCCAACGCAACAACUGAUGGAAAGAUUUCUCUUCUUUCCACAAGAUUGCUCCGAGAAAUUUGUCGUGUGGUAAGACAGUAA